AAAAACAGACCACAUCUCUCAAUACUAUCAACUGCUGCCCAAAAAUGUCUUCUCUCCUAACAGCCUUUCUCCUGCUCAUAACAGCCAUGACCUCUGCAGCGCCACUGCCACUCCGGGCAGGAUUCUAUUCGGAGACGUGCCCGGAAGCUGAAAUUAUAGUGAGGAACUUUAUGAUGAAGGCUUUGAUUAAAGAACCAAGAAGUGUUGCCUCGGUUAUGCGCUUUCAGUUCCAUGAUUGUUUCGUUAAUGGUUGUGAUGCUUCUAUGUUGAUGGAUGAUACACCAAGUAUGCUAGGAGAGAAGCUUUCUCUUUCCAAUAUAAAUUCUUUGAGGUCUUAUGAAGUUGUUGAUGAAGUCAAGGAAGAGUUAGAGAAGGUCUGUCCAGGAACUGUUUCUUGUGCUGACAUAAUUGUCAUGGCCUCGAGAGAUGCUGUUGCUCUGAGCGGAGGGCCAGAUUGGGAAGUGAAGUUAGGGAGAGAAGAUAGUUUAACAGCAAGCCAAGAAGACGCGAACAAUAUCAUGCCGAGUCCAAGAUCAAAUGCAAGCUUCCUAAUAGACCUAUUUGCCAAAUUCAAUCUUUCCGUGAAGGAUCUUGUAGCCCUUUCAGGGUCACAUUCUAUUGGCCAAGGAAGGUGUUUCUCUAUAGUCUUUAGGCUAUAUAACCAGUCUGGAACAGGCAAGCCUGACCCAACAAUCGAGCCAAGAUUUAGAGAAAAGCUAGAAAAGUUGUGUCCGAUUGGCGGAGAUGAAAAUGUAACAGGGAAUCUUGAUUCAACGCCAGUAGUUUUUGACAACAUGUACUUUAAAGAUUUGGUUGCAGGCAGAGGGUUUCUUAAUUCUGAUCAAACGCUUUAUACAUAUCCUGAAACAAGAAAAUACGUUAGCUUUUUUAGCAAAGACCAAUCUGCAUUCUUCAAGGCCUUUGUUGAAGGAAUGAUAAAGAUGGGUGAUUUGCAGUCUGGAAGGCCUGGAGAGAUCAGAACCAAUUGCAGAGUUGCCAACAGGCGGCCUGUUGAUAUAUUGUUGGAGUCCUGAAAGAAUUUCGAAAUCAUUUGUAGUCUUGAUUAAAGUCAUAGAAUAGGGGAGGCAUUGAAGUAUAAGACUAGAGAAGUCAAUAGUGGCAAAAUCUUAUGGGAUUUGUGAAACUGAUUAGUGGAAUUGUUGCUAUCGAAUUUAAUCUUUUUAAUUGUGUGGA